AUGCAUCCGCAUCUCGUGGGCGAUAGCAAGCUGCAGCACUGCGCCCACCUCAUUCAAGCGCUCAACGAGUGCCACGCCAAAGGUGUGUGGCACAAGAUCACCGGCGGCUGCAACGGCAUCAAGCACGACCUCAACAUGUGUCUGCGACAAGAACGCGUCGAACGUACGGCGAACCACAUCCGCGAGUCGAGGGAGAACCGCAAGAAGACCGAGCAAAUAUGGAAGCAGAUCGACGACGAGUCCUAG